GUCUAGAGAGUGAAUUCAUCCCACUUUCCUUCCUCCUGAUAAUCCAACCCGAACCUGCCACCAAAGUCACAGCAGAGCCGACUUUCUUUCACACCUAAUUGCCGACCUCCUUGGAUUCUCCCGUCGCCGAUUUUAGACCUGCAGUCCAGCUCCGGCUCUUGCUCACUACAAUCCGCCUUGACCCCCUGCCAAAGCCUCUGCGGCGCACCUCCCAACCGCCAUCAUGGAUUUUAGAGGCCUGCGCAUGACGGUGGUGCUCAAGCAGCCCUCCGGGUACGCUGUGGAAGGCAUCGUCUCUUCCAUUGUCCCUGGUCAGCUGCUUGCUUUGGAGCAGGUUCGUGUUUUCAAUACUGGCGAACAUCUGCCCAGAAUCGAGCUCAACCCGGACAACAUCUUGGACAUCAGAGAGUACCGCGAACCUCCUCCGCCCGCCUACACCACUCCCUUGCCCGAGCCCCUACCGCUCGCCCCACCGACUCAGCCAGCCGGCAAUGCCACCUUUCAAGAUCCAGCUAUUCUCAGUAUGGGGCGACCCCCCGGCCGUAAGGAUGCCAACAUCGGAGAGAAGCGCGACCCCCUGCCGGCAGUCUCUGUUCCUGCGUCGGCCCUUGCCCACCAGACCGCAAGCCCCGUCAAUCCCCUGGCACGAAGUGUAGGCGGACUGAGCAUAGCGCCUCCCGAAACGGCGGCUUUGGACACGACAGAGGACGAGCUCGCAGGCGGCGCUACGCCCACCGGCCCUGCGCAGUCUGCUUCUGCCAAGGCCGGCAAGAGACCUCGCCAACGCCAACGGAAGAGCGCCAAGGGGACUACACGAAGAGUGGACGAGAACGCGCCGCCAUCCGCCUCCAAAUCAGCCACCCAGGGGGACGGCUGGCGACAAACACCUAUUCUCGAGUCCACCAAGUCCUUCCAGCCCUUCGCCUCUCUGAAGAAGCAGAAAGGCCGUGUUGCGCCGAAUGCAGACAAUGGCUGGAUGUCCGAGGACGUUACCGACGUGCAAGAAGCUGCUGAAUUUGACUUUACUGAAAACCUCGCCAAGUUUGACAAGAAGACUAUCUUCGAGGAGAUGCGCCAACAAGACCAGGUCGACGAUGCAGAUAGACUCGUAUCUCACAACCGUCUGCCUAAGCCGAAGCCAGGGACCGCAGGUGGCAAGAACCUGCACUACACUGAGAAUGUGCUCGAACUCCCGUCAGCCCUAGCAGCCCUGAAACUCAAGGAAAUGCCCGAUGACUUUUGGAAGAGCGAGGCAGAUGAUGCGACCAUAAAUGGGGGCGAGCGUCUAAGCGGCAGGGAGGGAAGCGGGAGAACAUCUCGCCUCAGGGGUGAAUCUCGAAUGUCCACGAACAGACGGUCGCGUUCUCGCAAGGCCAGCACCACGCACAGUGUUGUCGGUGCUCCUAGCAGAAUAAAUUCUGGCGCAAGGAUCGCUGUAUCUCAGCAUCAGCCGCCCACGCCUACAAACAUGCGCCCGCAGCCACCUACAGUAGCAAACACACAAGGCUUCUACUCCAUAUCCACAAACCGCCGUAUCGAGACGGUCACCCAUUUACAGAUGCUGAACAUUGAAAACAUUUCCCACAACGAGCUAGGUUUCAGUGAAGACCUGAUGGCAGAGAACGCAGGCCGGAGCAUCUCCGAGAUCACCCUGAUUGCCCUUGACGAUCCUGCUAUCCAGCUACGGAACGCCGUCGCCCCAAUGCCAGUGACUCCCACUAUUGUCAUUCUAGCCGGCAACAAUAAGUCCGGUGCUCGAUCAAUCGCCUGCGGUCGCCAUCUUCGCAAUCAUGGCAUCAACGUCUUCGUUUGUGUUGUUGGAAUUGAGAGAGAGAAAGAGCUGAUGGAUGAAGUUCGAAGACAAAUACGACUAUUCCGCAGCUUUGGUGGUGUGGUAUCUUCCAAGGCCCAACUAUUCGAGAAUCUGAGCAAGAACACCAAAUCACUGGAUGCAUCGGCACAAGUCUCCGUCACCUUGAUCAUCGAUGCCCUUCUUGGCCUCUCGAUAUCUUUUGAGGAACUGCGCAAAAGCGAUCAGGCCACGACAUAUGAGCUGAUGGAGUGGGCGAACCGCAACGAGGCUUUUGUCGUGGCCAUCGACAUUCCCAGCGGCAUUGAUCCCACGAAUGGCAAGGUCAACAUCAUCGAUGGAGCCAAGCUCUACGUGCAGCCCCGUUAUGUAAUUGCUCUCGGGGCGCCCAAACAAGGUCUACUCAAAGCUGUGGAGCUCGGUGAUGAGCAAGCAGACGAUAUCACAAUCGACGAGUGGAAGAUCUUCCUUGCAGACAUUGGUCUUAGCACAGCUAUAUGGCGAAAGGCAGCAACGAAGCUCCGUCGGGGUAUCGAGUUCGACGGCAAAUGGAUGAUGGAGCUACGUUACCAGCGCCCGCAAACAGAUGAAGAUCUCGACUAGAAGCGAGUUCGCGUUUCGCUGGGCAAUCAUCCUACUGGUUCGGACGACGAUCUUGGUGAUGAUCAUGAUACGAAUAAAGAUAAUUCGUGGCAGUUCUGGCAUGGUGUUGAUGGCGAUGAGAAGUGCGAAAAAGCUGAGCAUUGACUGAUACCCCCUUAUUUUGAUUGACACCGCAUUUUACUAGGCGUACGUGGGCGGAGAAAUCGUCUUGGUUUUCAAGACAGAGAUGUCAGUGAUAUGACUGGCAUGCUCAUAUGAUAUAUGAUACUUAGCGCUUAUUUUUCAAUGAUAUAUACUCGUACGAGUAACAAGCGUUCU